AAUUUUCAAGUUGAACUUUCGUUUUUGCAAUGAUUAAUUCAGCAGUGAGGCUAGUUUCUUUAAUGGACUAGUUAAAUAAAUAAAUGGACGUACCUUUUAAAUUGUUUCAGGUGCAAACAUGUCAAUACAUGCCAAUGACAUGCUUGUAUUUCUGAUAUGGAUCUGUUUAUCAUUGGGAAACCCAAAACAGUUUUAUAAUAAAGCCAGUCCUUGUAACAUUGUGCAAUACCGCGGGGAAGUUCGAAUCCCAAAAGUUCCAGAUUUCCUCUCAAACCGAACACAAACAAAUUUGUGCAGAGGACCUGACAAUGCAGGGCGGGAUCAGUUGUGGUGUGGUGGAGAUUUUAUACUUCCUGAGUGCGUCUGCACUUACCACCAUGUAGCUAAUGAAGAAUAUCACGAUUAUACAGCGUGUAGGAAUAAUGACCAGAUGGACAGUAUAAAACAUAUGAAUUGUGAGCAGUGUAAAGACUACAGUGUGGAUUAUAGUGGUCCUUGUUUAAACGGAGGGACAAUUAAUUGUGGCCCUGACAUUUUAGCGGCUGACGCCAAAUGUUCAUGUCUCCCUGAUUUUUCUGGGAGGUUUUGUGAAUACCAGAAUAUAACAGAAUACAGAAAAUGCCAAAGUGGUCUUCCAGCAUCAAAUCUUUCAGAUUGUAAUAAAACCACAGUCCAGAAUCAGACGUGUCAAAUCUCCUUAGGGGGUACUGUCUUUGUGUGUUCGGGCAUUGCCACAGAUGGAGAAUAUGGUCAAUGCCAGCCUAAUCCAGAAUACACAGAAAUCACUACUUAUCGUGCACCAGCACAAUUGACAAACUCCUGCAAUAAAAUUGAGGAAACCUUACGAACAUGCGUGUCUUCCAUUAUUUUACUGUUUCUGCUUUGUGGAAAUUUCAUAUGAGAUUCCCGCCCAACUGAGACGUUUGCAAUACAAUGCAUACUUGAAUUGAAUUGUACAAUUCAAGCAUUUUAAAUACAACACUGUACGAUCAUACUAUGCUUUAGACUUUUUCUCAUUGGAAAAUGUCAAGCUUUGUAUUUCUUUUGUCUCAUCUAAAGGAUAAAGGACACACACAUUUCCCUGCCAAAGUUUUGUCUCUGGUCUCUGGCGAUGAAGAUAAAGGAUAGAAAAAAUCUACCCCAAGUCAAAAUAAAUUCCGGUAUUUAAUUUAAAAACAAAACAAAACUACAGCUAGUUAUAUCUAAGUCUUGUAACAGAAUGUGAAACUUUGAAGACUUUAUUUACAACUUUUUACAAGGUAGAAGUAUAAAUACCCAGUUCUGGCACGUCCAUCCAAAGCUCUUAAUCUUGUUCAUACAAGAUCUUGUGAAAAAUUAUCACUUCUUUCCACAUGUUCCAUUCUAUUACUGUUGCCUUUCCUUUUAGUGAUAUUGUAUAUGUGAAUGCCAAAUUUAUUUGUGGCCUAGUGACAUUAUUACAUCAUGAAAAAAAAAAAUGUUUUGGUACAUGUACAUGUGGAUUUUAAGUCAAAUAAAAGAUCUCUAAACACCAA